AUGAGCCUACCCGCCUGCACGAACCGCAUCGAGGGCACGUGGGAGGUGCGUGUCAAGAACAAGCUCAAGAAGAUUCGUGGCAUCAACAAGCACCUUCUCCCGUCCUACCUGGACGAGUACUUGUGGCGCUCCUGGUACUUCGACGGCACCCUAGACCCGUCCGAGUACUUUGAAUGGCUGGUGUGCGGGAUCACAAAGUACUACUGCCACUAA